CUUUACCAUCUGUUCCUCGUGCCCUCUCCAUCUUAGUACUUUGUACUAAAUAGCCUCGAAUCUUCCCGGCUGCUCCCCAUCGACGGUCGAUUCUCUUCCGUGAAAACUGUUCCAUUUCGUCGUCAUCGCCGGCGCUGCUGCUGCUGCUACUGCUACUCCUCCUCCUCCUGCGGACCAGAUUCUGCACGAGGACGCCAUCGCCGCCUUUGUCUCAGACCAAUACCCGUCGCGGUCGGACGACUCUCUCUGCCCGCUUUCUCCGCACUGCCAGAUUCUUGUAUCAUACCUACGUACUUCUUACACACCUCGAGUUUUCUCAGGAAAUAAAAAAAAAACAGAGACAAUCGUUCCGUCUGUCAACAACUCGCGUCCUUCUAGCGGCACGUUCCUUUUUGCUCCAGUCCUUGAUCUACCCCCUCCCUAAUCCUCAGAGGCGGAACCCACUCUUGCCGCCAUAAUGACCAUCGACACUGAAAAGAGCGCCGUCGACAACGGUGUCGGCGACAACUCGUCCAGCUCGGACAUCGACAACAUUGUCGACCCCGAUGCGGGCCUGUCAGAGGAGGAGAGAAAGGCUGCCGAGCGCAAGCUGCUGUGGAAGCUCGACCUCCAGCUCAUCCCGUGGCUCUCGCUGCUGUACCUCAUUUGCUUCCUCGACAGGACAAACAUCGGCAACGCCAAGAUUGCCGACCUGCCCGCCGCCAUUGGCAUCGACAUCAAGAAGGAACCCGACAGGUUCAAUUCCACCUUGACCAUCUUCUUCGUCUCGUACGCCGUUUUCGAGGCUCUGUGCAACUUUCUCCUCAAAAAGUUUCGGCCUUCCAUCUUCAUCCCCACCAUCAUGGUCCUCUGGGGCGCCUGCAUGCUGGGCAUGGGCUUCGUAAAGAACUGGUCCGGCCUCAUGGCCGCCAGAUGGUUCCUCGGCGUCUGCGAGGCCGGCCUGUUUCCCGGCAUCAACUACUAUCUGUCGUGUUGGUACCGACGUGACGAGUUCGGCGUCCGCGCCGCCAUCUUCUUCUCAGCAGCCGCCGUCGCCGGCUCGUUCGGCGGCCUGCUCGCUGCGGCCAUCCAGAACAUGAAUGGCCUGGGCGGUCUCGAGGGCUGGGCCUGGAUCUUCAUCAUCGAGGGCGCCCUCACCAUCGUCAUCGCCUUCAUCUCCUUCUUCAUGGUGCACGACUUCCCCGACGAGGCCAAGUUCCUCUCCAAGGAAGACCGGGCCCGCGUCAUCCUCCGCCUUAGGCGCGACGGCCAGCACUCGGCCGAGCACGAGGAGUUCAAGAUUGAGUACCUCUGGGCCGCCUUCAAGGACUGGAAGACGUACGCCGGAAUGCUCAUCUACAUGGGCCCCCUCAUGCCACUCUACGCCUUCAGCACCUUCCUGCCCAGCAUCAUCCAGUCCAUGAGCUUCACCGACAAGACGCACAUCAUCAAGAACCAGCUCCUGAGCGUGCCGCCCUACGCCAUUGCCGCCAUCCUGACCGUCGUCGUUGGCUUCGCCUCGGACCGGACCAAGAAGCGUGGCGUCUACAACAUGGCCUGCGCCCUCGUCGGCAUCAUCGGCUUCAUCAUGCUCAUGGCCACGACGAACCCCGCGGUGCAAUACGCUGGCACCUUCCUCGGCGCCUGCGGCAUCUACCCUAGCAUCUCCCUCACCAUUGCGUGGAUCGCCAACAACGUCGAGGGCGUGUACAAGCGCGGCAUCGUGCUCGGCUUCGUCAUUGGCUGGGGCAACCUCAAUGGAGUCGUGAGCAGCAACAUCUACCGGGACCCGCCCCGCUACUUUACCGGCCACGGCACCGUCACGGCCUACCUGUUUGUCUGCAUGUUUGGCGGCAGCCUGCUGAUGUGGACGAUGCUGCGGCGCGAGAACAAGAAGCGUCUCAACGGCGAGCGGGACCACUGGGUCCAGGGCAAGACGGAGGCGGAGAUCAAUAUGCUCGGCGACAAGCGGCCGGACUUUCUCUACACACUUUGAGCGAUGGUUUUUUUUUUUUUUUUUUUUGCCUUGGCCGCUCCCUGUCGCGGGGCGGGCCCGGUGGCGUAUGCAGGGGCUGAGGCGGACGCCAGCCCGGCAGUUGUGCGCAUUUUGUUCGUUUGCUUGCUUGGCCUUUUGAUGAGAGGUGCACUUAGACUGGCGCGUGCGUCCUGGCGGCGAGCAGGGGAGGGAGAGCGUUUUGGUUCAGACUGUGGAUACUACGUCUCUGGCACCUUGGUGCUCUAGCUACGUUGUUGGUAUAUUCCGGUUACAUUUUACCUAUACAUAUAGCUUUGGGUAUACUGGGACGAUUUUUCUAGAGUAGAAUGCUGGCCAACUUGGAUGACCAGCUGAAUGAAACGCGCGUGCCGCCUCUUGUCGG